AUGGCUUCGGUACAGCAGGAUAGAAAGCGAAGCAGAUUCAAAAGCUUGUUGCUGCCGUCUUCGCAAUCGGGGCUGUCUACUUCGAUUUCGCUUUUAGAGCAGGCCAUUUUUGUCAAUGCCUCUCUAUCGGCGCCGUCGGUGCUACGAGGAUGCAUCAAUGUAGACGUUUCGAAGAAUGUACAGGUUCGAGAUUUAUGCAUCAAGUUUACCGGUGUAAAUCGGGUUCACAAAUUUGGUCGCUUCUAUGACAAAGAACAUGUAAUAGACCAGUCGUGGCUUGUUCCCCGGCUCGAAGCUCGAAAUGCUUCGUCUCAAGUACAUAUAAUCCACCUAAACCAGACCGACCACGGAGAAUGGCCAACGCUGCUCCAACCGGGUCACUAUCUGUACGAUUUUGAACUGACUUUCAACGAACCCCUUCCUGAAACAUUCAAUGUCGGUGGAUGCAAGCUGAAGUAUCGCAUUCAAGCUAUAGCCAGUCUGCACGGGCUUCGACAGCAACUCUCGCCGAAUCAAGAAGUCAUUGUUGUGCACUGUCCGCACGACGAGAUCUACCUCCACGGCGCGAACCAGAUUAGUCUAUCGCGAAUAUGGAACAAACAGAUCAUGUACAACGUCGAGUUGGCCGACAAAGGCGCAGCAAUCGGUGGAAACAUUCCGAUUUCUAUCCGCAUUGGAUCCUCGCAGAUUAUGUAUCUUGCUCUGCAGGUUUACUUGGUUCAGAAAAUCAAAUUUCCUGGGAUUCCGGGACGGCAACCCCAAUUACGCAGAAGACUGUUACUCAAGUCGAAAUGCAAUGAUCCGUCGAUAGGCAAAUUCGGUGAAACGCUAUCGCUGAACGUGGAUGGAGAGUCAAAUUCGACCCUCAUUGCAGGCAGUGUGCCCUUGCUUAACGAAUCGAGUUCACAGUUGAGACUGCAUCCCGAUGUGAAUUCUGUAAAAAUAAAAGUGAGCCAUACGAUACUGUUCCUUAUCGACAUCACCAUACCCAACCCACAAGACAACAAAAGAUUCACCGUCUGUCGACUCACUGCCGAAGCACCAUUCCGUGUCCGGUCAUCACAGACGCACUUGUACGAUUUGUCAGUCCCUCGAUACUCCGAAACACAUAACCUGGCCAUCGACUCGGGUGAUUUCAACAGUUCCAGACUCUUGCCGCCGCCGUUUCCUUGCGAGACCCUAUCCCCGCAGUCGUCAGAAACCCCUACGAUGGAUUUCGAGGGAGUCGGAUGUUCGCGACCGGUAUCGACGUGUUCUCUGUGGAUUGAUGAAUUAACACCGCCACCUGCAUAUGAUCCCCCAGCGUACGAUUCGAUUGCGGUUGCGGCUAGUUGA